AUGGACAGCAAGGUUUCGUGGGACAACAUGGUAAAGGCACACACACAGUGCACACACAGAGACACAGACUCUCACUUCAAAAGUAACAGAAGUAGCUAAGCCUUAAGCCGUCUCACUGUGGAUCUCAACAUAAUUCAGUAUACUAACCUCUCAUCUCACAUGUAUACAUUAGUCCUUCGGUGUAAACACAUGUACCCAACUCAACUUAUCUCUCUCCCUCCCUCUCCCCACAGGUCAUCAGGGUCAUCAGGGUCAUCAGGGUCCUCAGGGGGUGUGUGUGUGUGUGUGUGUGUGUGUGUGUGUGUGUGUGUGUGUGUGUGUGAUAGAGAGAGACAGGAUAGUGACUUAUUAGGCAUCUCUACUUUGUGUCUCUUUCAAUGUAUUCACAUGAAGUUGGAUCUGGGAUUUCAGUUUACCUUCUGAAUUGGCUGAAUUAAAAAGGAAUUGACCCCAAUCCCGAUUCACAUGUACACAACCCCCCUCCCCCCAGGCCAGGCAGGCUCGUGUCUGCAAGUCUUCAGCACCAUGCCCAUCUCCUACUGCAACACAGGCACCUGUGACCACGCCAGCCGCAACGACAAGUCCUACUGGCUCUCCACCACUGCGGCCAUGCCCGUGAUGCCCGUGUCGGGCCGCGACAUCCUCGCCCACAUCAGCAGCUGUGCCGUGUGUGAGACGCCCUCGAAGCCAAGAUCACAUCGCCCCCAGCUGUCCCCCCCCCCCCGAGUUUGUGGAGGGGAUCUCUGCAUGUGUGUAUGACUUUAUUGUGUGCAAAGCUGUGUGUUGAUGUUUUAAUGUAUGUGUGUGUGUGUUAUCUAUAUACAGUAGGAGUGUGUGUAUAUGACUGUGUAUUGCUCACACUAUCCUCUCCGCACUCUGGAGCAGACGGCGAGGGCGGCGGUCAGUCUCGUGGAGUGGCACGUGCCAAUACUUUGCCAAUGUCUACAGCUUCUGGCUGACCCGCGUUACCCUAACCAAGCAGUUUGGCACCGCCCCCUUCCCUGGCGUGUGCAGCCAAUCAACAGCGCCAGCAGGUCAGCCGCUGCCACGUGUGUACCAAGGGCUGAACACCUUAUGUCACCUCCUAUUUAUUUUCUUUAUUGGAUGUUUAUUGGAUUGAGAGAGAUGGAGGUGAAAGAUAGGAGAGAGAGCGCUGAAAGAGCAGUGGGCCGGAUUUGAAACCCAUUCUGGCAGCCAUACAUCAUACAUGUGCUCCAGAGGCAGCGACGUAGAUCGCUAAACCACUCCAGGCCACGUCACCUCCUAUUUCAGUCAAGUUACCUCAUAUUAUGAUUACCAAACUUCCCCGACCCCUCUACAGUACAUCACUGCUAUUUUGGUUUUUCCCAAUGCUAUGCUAGCCCUGUCGGUUUCCCACUGUAGAGCCUUAUUUGUCAACUCGUCAGGGCUACCACCAUCAUCUACCAUUUGACCAUGGAGGCUAAUUUAACAAAACCAUAUUGUGGAUUGCUGUCUAUCCUUGUCGAUAGACUGCUUUCGAGGUAAGGAAACAAAUAUAUAAAGUGUGGAAGAUGAUGUCAUUUCGCUGGAUAAUCCUUUUAACUAACUUCUUGAUGGCGGGCAUUGGCCAGGUCAUAAGCACAAUGGUUAAGCACUGAUCAACCCGCAUUGAGCACCUCCCAGACCAGGAAGUGAAAGCGGACACUGGGAAAGUAGUAAUGUGAAUGCACUGGCUUUCUCAGAGAGUGCUCAACAGUGGAAAACCAGCUAUUCACUCUCACAACAACUACAGGCUAAUAGACACAGUAUGCCUUAAUCAGAAAUUAUCUUAACUUGUGUAGUUGAAAUAACCAGCAAUGUUAUAUUGUUGUAUCAAUACCCAUGUCAUAAUGUUAUAAUUUAUAUAAUUUACAAUACUGCUAUUACAGCUAUAAACAUACAUCAUAACUGUGUUAUAUACCUGUUUUUAGUUGUGCAAAAUGAAAUGACAAAUGAAAUAGUUCCAUUUUUUUGCUUGUGUCGGUGUAAAUAUCAAUUUUAUUUGUUGGUGCUGAUAACAGUGGUGCUCUUAUGGUUUUGAAUUUGCUAUCAAAUUGUGCUAUGAAAUGUUAGUAUUACAGAUAAGCAGAUGUUUUUAUUCUUUAAAAGUUUCAUCCACAAGAACAAAAAUCCCUUUGAAUCAUGUUCUCGUUUACAGGGACCUUUUCCAUUAACUUUACCAAGUGCCCUUUGAGUACUACAAUGUGGGUUACUAUUGAAAAACCAGAUGUAUCCAAAUAAAUCAGAGUAAACUGUGAAAACCAAAAGCCCAAUCACAUAUUUCACCAGGAGUCUGAGCUAUUCCACAGCAGGUUGAAGUUCAUAUUUAUUUCUCUCGACAACAGAACCCAUGUGACAGUCAGCAUACAGUACUUAUUUUUCUCAAACAUUUUUUUUCUUCUUCUUUUCCUUUAGAAAUAAGACAUAUGACUCCGACAGUGCUGUGCUCUCUCUACCCUUCACAGUGCUGUGCUCUCGCUACCCUUCACAGUGCUGUGCUCUCUCUACCCUUCACAGUGCUGUGCUCUCUCUACCCUUCACAGUGCUGUGCUCUCGCUACCCUUCACAGUGCUGUGCUCUCUCUACCCUUCACAGUGCUGUGCUCUCUCUACCCUUCACAGUGCACAUUUUCUAUACACACACAAAAGAGAUUGUACAUCGUUACACAUUUCUGACCUGCAUGGGGCAGAAAAGUUCACGUUUAAAACAAUCAUUUCAGAGUUGACCUGCAUACAGUGUAGCUUCGCACACAUUAACACACACUAACACACACUCACACACACAUACAGGUAUAAAGGACUCGGUGGGACCUCCGUGUUGAUUUCUCAAUGGAAGGGGUACUGCACUGGCUUAACCAGUUAUGUUGUUCAUGCUACUCCUAGGUUUCCUUUCCUCCAUUCCUAUAGGACUGCUGCUCACGUCUGCCAAUGAAUGA